CUGGGACACCCUGGCUGCACCGGGACCUUGUGCUGCUGCCCAUCCUGGUGGUGGCAAUGCUGCUGCUCUGUGCCAGCGCCGGCCCCGCCGUGCCCGCGGCCAGCCCCCGCAGUGCCCCAGCGUUCCCCCCGGACUGCAGCCACCUCCGCAAGGGCAGCCCCAGCGGGGUGUACGUGAUCCAGCCCGCCCGGUCCCCCCCGCGCGUGGUCUGGUGCGACAUGGACACCGAGGGCAAGGGCUGGACCGUGGUGCAGAGGAACUCCCAUGACACCGAGCUCACGUGGAAGCAAUCCUGGACCACCUACAAGUACGGCUUUGGCAACGUGCACAGCGACUACUGGCUGGGCACCGAGUACCUGCACCUGCUGACGCAGCAGGGCACAUACAAGGUGCGCUUCGUGGUGCGGGACAAAGCCAACGUCACCCACUACGCCGAGUACGACAUCUUCAGAGUGGAGAACGAGGCCAGCGGGUACCCCCUGAGGCUGGGCAGGCACUCUGGAGAUGGGGAUGACUACCUGACCCUCUACCACCCCAAGAAGGGGGGCAUUCAUGACAACAUGAAGUUCAGCACGGUCGACAAGGACCAGGACCAGUACAGCGGGAACUGUGCCAAGAGCUAUGGGGGGUGGUGGUACAACAGGUGCCAGAAUGUCCUGCUCAAUGCCAAAAACUACAUUGUGUGGCCAGGGUUCUGUGAUAAAGGUGACUGUGCGUCCUCCCUCAUCCUGGUCAAACCCACAGAUGUGUGUUGA